GGUUACUGUAUUCGAAAAAUUAAGUAAAAUUCCAACAAAGUUGAAAUAACUUUUUAUCUAGUUUAUUAGCCCAGAUUAUUUUUAUCAUUGCAAACAUGAAGAAAGAACAGAAAGAUUUUCUUCUACAUUGGGAGAAUCUGUUUAAACAAUUUCUUAUUCCACAAAAAUUUGCAUCGGCAUUUCCAGAGUGGGAUAUAUGGGACAGAUGGUCGAAUGAAAAUGAAGAAACUAAAGUUCAAAUCUUUCUGGAUAAACUUAGAGAUUCAGAGGAAUCUGGAAUAUUCAAAAGAUUUAUUGAUAAUCUGAGACACUGCAGUGAACAGAAGUGGAUAUUUGACUUAAUUGAUGGGAAACUGGAUCCUAAAGAGCAAAUUAAAUGCUUCAAACAUGUGGUGGUAGCACCACAGUUAAAAACACUGUUUAAGCUGCUUGAAAAAGAUUAUGAAAUAGUAGAUGCCAGAAGUAUGAUAGCUGAAUUUACUGCGUAUUUCACUACAGCUGAAAAGGAUUGGCUUUUAGCAAUUGAUAGAGAUCGUGGUAAUGCCCCUGCAAUGACUGCAUUCUUUUCAAUUAUGACCCGCAAGCAUCCUAAGUGGUUGAAAGAAUUUUAUGAUUCUCUCAAUGAAAAUAAAUACCAUCAUCCAGAUUCACCUACUCUUGCUGAAUCAUUUCAGCAAUACAUUAAGUUAGCAGUACAGAAAAACAAUGGAUUAACCUACAAAGUUUCAUACGCAAUAAUCGAGGAAAAAAGAGAUGGAGAAGCAAGCAUUGCUGUUACUGAAGAUAAUGAUCAAACUGUCCCUGAGCCCAUGGACCAAGCUUGUGCAUUGCCACCUGUUGAAGUAAUACAAGAAGAUAAUGAAGAGUGUGGAACAUCUUUUUUGUUGUGCAUGGACCUACUGAACAAUCUGAGCCCUUUUGAAGAAGACUGUAAUUCAAAUAAUGAUUCUUUAAACAACUUCAAUGUUAUGGCUGUAGAAGAAGAAGCAAUGGAGACAUGUACAUCAGAAGAUGUAUGUCAAGAAGAGUCGCUACCUGAGUUAAAUUUAAGAGACUAUCAGCUUGAAUUGGCAGAGCAAGCCAUGUCUGGUGAAAACUCACUUAUUGUUGCACCUACAGGUAGUGGAAAAACAUUUGUUGCACUAAAGGUUUGUAAAGAUCACAUUGAAAAGAGACCCGACAGCAGGGUGGUGUUUAUGGUUCCAAGAGUUCCUCUUAUCAAGCAGCAAUAUGAACUUUUCAAAUGUUUUCUUGGUGAUGGUCAAGGGAUCUUGAGAGCAAUUUCAACAGAUGAAACACUAAGUGCUCCAGCUGACCGUUUAAUUCUAGAUCAUAAAAUAAGUUUUCUGACGCCUCAGAUUCUUGUUAACUUGCUGAGGCAGGAUCCCUCUUUUAUCAAUAAGCUUGGUUUGUUGAUUUUUGAUGAAUGUCACCACACUGUCAAGGGCGAUCCAUACAACAGCAUCAUGAAAAUAUAUCAUGAUAACUUGCUGAAGAAUAGAAGACUGGACAUCCUACCACAAAUUGUUGGUCUUACUGCAUCUCCUGGUGUGGGUUCUGCUAAAAGUGAUGAAGCUGCAGCAAAAAACAUCAAAACGUUGUUGGCCAAUUUGAACGUUACAACUGCCCCUAUUGAAGUGCAAAAGCACAAGAAAAACCUAAACCAGUACGAAAAUGAAGCAAAAUAUGAGCUUAAGCCCAUUAAGAGACAACAAUCGGAGUUCAGAACAAAAAUAAGGUUGGUAAUGGACAAGAUUGAGACAAAACUUAAGCUGGAAUUUCGCAGGAAUGAUAACGCAACAAAAGGAAUGAAGUUUGACCUAAAAGCAAUGUCAGGAACCCAAGAUUAUGAGGCUUGGGUUGUAUCGUUUUAUAAGAAGAGCACAUUGCUAGUGGAUCCGAACUUAAGCCAACGUUUCAUGGCAUAUGCUCGCUACCUAUGGAAAUACAACAGUUCUUUGUGGAUCAAUGACCAUGUACAGAGCAGGCAUGCAAAAGAAUAUUUAGAAGAAGAACUUCCUCUUAUACAGCCAAGAACUCCCGUUGAGGCAGAAUUGAAGAAACUUCAUGAUGAAAUUGUGCCUGAAAUAAUGGAAGAAAACAACCCGAUGAUUAAUGCUUUAUACAAAAUUCUUAAAACUGAGUUCACCAAACAACCUGAAUCGAAAUGCAUCAUAUUUGUUCGCACAAGACCCAUUGCCAAAGCCCUCAUAACUUGCAUUGAAGAAAGUGAAGUGGAAAAACUUCAUCUUAAUCCAAAGCAACUCACAGGAGCUGGUGCUGCAGUUGAACUAGGAGGCAUGACAAAAGCCACACAAGAAGAUACAAUUGCUUCAUUUAGAGAUGGCAGAUGUAAAGUGAUUGUAGCAACAUCAGUAGCAGAGGAAGGAUUAGACAUCAAAGCUUGUAAUCUGAUCAUCACUUAUAAUUACUCCACUAAUGAAAUAGGACAAGUGCAAAGACAAGGUAGGGGAAGAGCCAAAGGAAGCAAGAUGAUCAUUCUGGCAUACGAUGACAGUAGCCACAUCCAACGAGAAAAAAGUAACAUAAUUCGUGUGAAGUUCACGCACGAUAUACUGCAGAUGUUACGACAAAUGGAUCCAGAACAACUUAAGAAAGAUAUUAAAAAAAUUCAAAUACGGUUAAAGGAAGACCGUGGUUUGGAAAAGUUGUCUGCUGAGUUUCAGAGUUUCAAAAAACAUCCUAGUGGGAACAACAUUUGGACUCUCUUGUGUAAGGGAUGUAAAACUGAAGUCACAAAAUCAGAUCAGUUCCGACACAUUGAAAAGCAGCACCAUGUGGUUGUGGAUCCUAAGUUUGAAGAUAAAGCAUCUUGUCGUGAAGUACCUAUAGAACAAGGGAAACCCGUGGGAUUUGAACAAGUUAUUAUCGGAAAGGUUUACUGCAAAGAAUGCGGGCAUGACUGGGGUGUUCGCAUGUGCCACAAAAAAUGUCCCAUCUCUGUACUUAAAAUCGCGGGCUUUGUGCUGACGUGCGGAGAGGAGAGAGUGGAGAAGAAAAAAUGGAAAGAUUCGCCUUUUUCUGUUAAAAAAGAGCUAGCAGAAGCAGAUUUAAGAAAUAUUUUGGAACACAGAAAAAACAAAAAUGGACAAAAUGUAGAAAAUGAGGAAGAAGACAGUGAUGAAGAGGAUAUUUAUGGUGACAUUGGAAACCAAGUGUUGAGUUCCUAAAUUUAAACCUCAACUGUCACACAUAACAUUAAUUUGAUCUCUUCAAAUACAACACUAAAGAUCAGAUUAGUUCCAACCUCGAAGAAAAUUAAAUCUACUGUUCCAAAAAUUUUAAUUUUGUAAAUAUUCUGAUCAUCAGAUUUGUUAAUAUUUUUAUUAGCUUGUAUGAUUUUUCAACUUAUCUGCAUUGCGCUUAUGUAUUGUAGUUAAUUUUUGUAAAGCUCCCUACUUAGAUUUUAUUUUUCAAAGUAUAAUUGUUGUAUUGUAGAACUUUGGUUAAGGAAUUAAAUAGCAGCGGUUUUACCGUUUGCACUCAUUUACUUACUGUUUCAAACCCACUUUACUUUGGUGCAGUAACACAGUGGUUUAUCCAAUACUUCUAACCACUGUGCUACUGCACCAUAGUGACUUAAAGUUUCCUAGCAUACGUAAUUUCAAUGGCUAUAUGGAAAUUUGUUAACUGUGUGCCAGUAAGCGUAUAUGCGUUGGUUGGGUGUCUGUUUAAAUUAAACCUUUUUUUGCGUUAAAUAAGUCAUUUUUUAACAGCCAUUGACUUUAUAGUCAUUGUUUCAAUUCACUAAUGGAUUGUCCAAGUUGCCACCCACAGAAUAAUUGGCUGGGUACCGAAAUCCUUUUUUUUUUCAAAUAAGUGAAGAACUAUUUUUAUAGUGAUUCUUCUAAUGUGCAUGGCUGUAAGUGUUCAAAUUUUCAAAUGAAAAAAGCUAUUUCCAGUUUAUCACUUUUUAAAAAAAAUUUUAGCUCUAUUUUGCCUUUUUUUCCGCAUGUUAGUAAGAAUGUGGGUGUUUAACUUAAUAAUAAAGUUGUAAUUGUUGGGUUAACUCUUGUUGAUAUUACCAGCUUGUGGCCUCUUCUGUUUUUAAUAAAACGUCGUUACCCAUAAUAAGGAAAUAAAUUUUCUGGCCGGUGGCCACACAAGUCGCUAAACGUCAAUUACUUCAACCCGGUUGUUCCUUUAUUAUGGAUUUUUCAAUUUGUUAGUUACACAUAUUCAAAAUUAAAAAACACUAAUCGCCCACAAAGUUACAUAGCCUAUAUUUGGUGACUUAUAAGCUGGCACGUGGUGUUUACGAAACAAAAACAUCCAGCGAUGGGUGCUGUCUAUGCGAGGAUAAAUAAGCAACAUCCAUUCAAUAAUUACGACCAAUGAGCUUUGUGUAUAAAUCUAAAUUCCGUAAUUGUUUAUUGUAUUAAACGAGUGGCGCAUAUA